AAGCGCUUCAGGAGGGCCUUCUGUAGCCGGUGGAAGUCCGAGUAGCGCCGUUCCAACACCGCCUUGUUGCUGUCGAAGCUCCCUGUCUGGAUGACCACGAUCUGUUUAACAGAAUCCCGAUAAACUAAUGAAGAACUUCCUGAGCUGGUUAGUGGGGUGGUAUAAGGAGGCCAGGUCUUCCUUUCCAGUCAUUUAAGGCUGUACCCCAGGCUCCAGGCCAGAGUACUGAUCCUUCUGUGCUGUCUCUGAGGAGGAAACAACGGUUACUUUUCCCAGGUUGUAAGAUGUGUUCACAGGAAGAUUUCCAGGCACAGAGGAGUCAGUUGGUGGCACUGCUGGUCUCAGGAUCCUUGGAGGGCUUUGAGAGUAUCCUGGAUUGGUUGCUGUCCUGGGAUGUACUCUCCUGGGAGGACUAUGAGGGCCUCAGCUUCCCUGGCCAGCCUCUCUCUUGCUCUGCCAGGCGCCUGCUGGACACGGUCUGGAACAAGGGUGCUUGGGGCUGUCAGAAGCUCAUCGAAGCUAUCCAGGGGGCCCAGGUCAACAGUCAGACCCUGGAGCUGCAUGACUGCUGGGACCCUCACUCCCUCCAUCCAGCCCAAGACCUCCAGAGUCACCGGCCAGCCAUUGUCAGGAGACUCUAUAGCCACAUUGAAGUUGUGCUGGAGCUUGCCAGGGAGAGGGGCUUCCUGAGUUUGUAUGAAUGUGAUGAAAUCAGGCUGCCCAUCUUCACGUCAUCCCAGAGGGCGAGAAGGCUACUUGAUCUGGCCACAGUGAAGGCAAAUGGACUGGCUGCCUUCCUUCUACAGCACACCCAGGAAUUACCAGUCUCCCAGUCCCCACCUUAUGAGGCUGCUGAGUGUCAGAAGUUCAUAGCCAAGCUGAGGACCACAGUGUUGGCUCAGUCUCACUUCCUUAGUACCUAUGAUGGGGUGGAGAAUCUUUGCCUGGAGGACAUAUACACUGAGAACAUCCUAGAGUUGCAGACAGAAGUGGGCAUGGCUAGGGCACCACAGAAGAGCCCUACCACUCUGGGCCUGGAGGAACUCUUUGGCACCCACAGUCACCGUAACAAAGAUGCAGACACUGUGCUGGUGGUGGGUGAGGCGGGCAGUGGCAAAAGCACUCUCCUGCAACAGCUGCACUCGCUGUGGGCUACAGGGCGGGACUUCCAGCAAUUCCUCUUGGUUUUCCCGUUCAGCUGCCGGCAGCUGCAGUGUGUGGCCAAACCUCUGUCCCUAAGGAUGCUGCUCUUCGAGCACUGCUGUUGGCCUGAUGUUGGUCAGCACGAUGUCUUCCAGUUCCUCCUUGACUACCCUGAACGUGUCCUCUUAACCUUCGAUGGCUUGGAUGAGUUCAAGUUCAGGUUCACAGACCAGGAGCGCCACUGCUCUCCGACCGAUCCCACAUCGGUUCAGACUCUACUUUUUAACCUUCUGCAGGGCAACCUGCUGAAGGGUGCCUGCAAGGUGCUGACCAGCCGUCCAGACUCUGUGUCAGCACUCCUCAGGAAGUAUGUCCGUACCGAGUACCACCUUAAGGGCUUCUCAGAAGAGGGCAUUAAGCUGUACCUGAGGAAGUGCCACUCAGAGCCUGAGGUGGCAGACCGCCUCAUCCAACUACUGCAAGCCACCUCAGCUCUGCACGGCUUGUGUCACCUCCCUGUCUUCUCAUGGAUGGUGUCCAAAUGUUACCAGGAACUACUGAUGCAGGAUGGGGGGUCCCCAGCGACCACCACAGACAUGUACCUCCUAAUCUUACAGCAUUUUCUGCUGCAUGAUUCCCCUCCAGACUCUGCUUCCUGUGGUCUAGGACCUGGACUCCUUCAAGGCCGGCUGCCAACCCUCCUGCACCUUGGCCGUCUGGCUCUCUGGGGCCUGGCCAUGUGCUGCUAUGUGUUCUCAGCGCAGCAGCUCCAGACAGCACAGGUUGACUCUGCUGACAUUUCUCUUGGCUUCCUGGUAUGUGCCCAAAGUGUUGGACCUGGGAAUGUGACACCCCUGGAAUUCCUGCACAUCACUUUCCAGUGCUUUUUUGCCGCAUUCUACCUGGCAUUCAGUGCAGAUACCUCGGCAGCCUCACUCAGACACCUCUUCAACUGCCGCCGUCUGGGAAGUUCAUCGUUGGCCAGGCUGCUACCCACACUGUGUGUCCAGGACUCCAGGGACAAAAAGGGCAGUGAAAUGGCUCUGCUGCAGAAGGCUGAGCCCCAUAACCUGCAGAUCACAGCGGCUUUCCUAGCGGGCCUACUGUCCCAGGAACACCGGGACCUGCAGGCCACAUGCCAGACCUCUGAGAAGGUGCUGCUGCGACGCAAGAUGUGUGUCCGCUGGUGUCUGGCCCGCAGCCUCCGCGAGCACUUCCACUCCAUCCCAUCUGCUGUGCCUGGCGAGGCCAAGAGCAUGCAUGCCAUGCCCAGCUUCAUCUGGCUUAUCCGGAGCCUGUAUGAGAUGCAGGAAGAACAGUUGGCGAGAAAGGCUGUACGGAGGCUGGAUGUUGGGCACCUGAAGUUGACAUUUUGCAAUGUGGGCCCUGCAGAGUGCGCUGCCCUCGCCUUUGUACUGAGACACCUCCGGCGGCCUGUGGCCCUGCAGCUGGAUCACAACUCUGUGGGAGAUGUUGGCGUGGAACAGCUGCUGCCCUGUCUUGAUGUCUGCACGGCUGUAUACUUGCGAGAUAAUGGUAUCUCUGAUCGAGGUGCCUGCAUGCUCGUUGAGCGUGCUGUUCACUGUGAGCAGCUGCAGAAGCUAGCUCUGUUUAACAACAAGCUCACCGAUGGCUGUGCCCACGCCGUGUCCAAGCUCCUUGCACAUAAGCAGAACUUCUUGGCACUGAGACUGGGGAACAAUCACAUAACAGAUGUUGGAGCCCAGGUGCUGGCCCAGGGGCUCAAGAGCAGCACCUCCCUGCAGUUCCUCGGGUUUUGGGGCAACAGCGUGGGUGACAAGGGUGCCCAGGCCCUGGCUGAAGCUGUGGCUGAUCACCAGAGCUUGAAGUGGCUCAGCCUUGUAGGGAACGGCAUUGGCAGUGUGGGUGCCCAGGCCCUUGCACUGAUGUUGGAGAAGAACAAGUCACUAGAGGAACUCUGCCUGGAGGAGAACCACGUCUAUGAUGAAGGAGUGUGUUCUCUCGCAGAAGGACUGAAGAGAAACUCAAGUUUGAAAGUCCUGAAGCUGUCCAACAACAGUAUUACCUACCAGGGUGCAGAAGCCCUCCUGCAGGCCCUCAACAGGAAUAGCACCAUCCUGGAAGUGUGGCUCCGAGGGAACCUAUUCUCUCUAGAGGAAACUGAGGUGCUCAGCUGCAGGGACACCAGACUCUUGCUUUGACAUCUCAGCUUGUGAGUGAGCCAUGAACUUGGACUCUGGAGCCUAAAUGACCUGUGCUGCUCAAGGCUGAAUUCUUUUUUCUGAACGCAUCAUAGGUCACCUUACUCUGGCAGGGGAAAGCACCCCAAUGACCUCCAGAAUCAGCUUCUCGCAAGAAUGCAUGAUGUUUGGUCAUAGUUGUCAACUGGAUUGAAUUAAGACACUUGUAGGACUGGUGGAAUGCACUUCUGUGUCUGUGGGGACAUUUCUAGAGAGGAUCAGCAUGUGGGGCAGUGACUGAAGGGGAAACAACUUUCCCUGAAUCUGGGUAGCCCCACGGGAAGAAGCUGGAGGAGGAGGAAGGUGGCAUAUUUGCACAUGUGUAAGCUCCUCUUCUUCCUGAACAAGCACACCUGUGCCCACUGCUAUCACCUUUGGACAACAGACCCCAGUUUCUUCAGACUCAUCACCAGCACCUCCAGGGAACCUCCAGGCCUCCAGCCUAGACUGGGACUGCUGAGAUGACCAGCUUCUUCACUUGAACAGCUACUAGGUUCUCUGCUUCUCCAGGGUGCAGAUGGUAAUUGUUGGACUACCCAGCCUGUAUGGUUUUCUUUCUAGACUCCAAACAUGGGGUGAACAGAAGGGGAUCCCUCUGCCAUUAUGGGGCUGGCCUCCAGCUGAAUGGCCAGUGUUCUGACAUGGUCAGUGGAGCCCAUGGGUCUCAACUAAGGGCCUGUUGGUAUAGAAGCCUAGGCCCACAUGCAAGAUGCCCCAUUCUCCUUCUCUUCUCUCUCCUGGAAGAAGAACAUUCAGGAAGCAGCUCUUGGCCACAUCUGGACUCAGGUCACCCACUAAGGCCAUCCCAUGCUGGUCCGCCCACUCAUUCUGCUUGAGGUUUAACAGGACCUCAGCUCUGACAGCCAACAUCACACCUCAUCCUGUUUUCCUUUCUUAACACAAAUGAAAGUCAUUUGUCCUUAGAACAUUCUAGAUUUGCUAGAGAAAAAAAUGACCACUCUCCAGCUGGGAUCACACAUGGACUUUGAUUUCCAGUGAACUCAAUGACUCCAAAGUUGAGUCUUUUGAAACAGCUUGUCCUCCAAAUGCAGCUUUUUAAAAUUAAUCUGGGCCAGAAUUUCAAACAGCCCUACCAGGCCUCAGGUUGAUGCCUGUGAACUUAACUCUGACAACAGACUUCUGAAGCAUAUCCAUAAACAAUGGUUCCAUAAGCGAUGGUUCCAUUAGCUUUGUGACAGGAUGUGUUAGGACACACAGUGAGGGAUUAGAAGUUUGCAGGGGUAAAACCAAGCUUUUCCUUCCAGACCUUUCACAGAGUCUUUCUGGAUUUUUUGAAAUGUUGUCUUUAUAAAUUGUAAAUUAUGUAAAUGUUACCACCUUCCAUGUUAUGGGUGAAAACUAUUUAAUAUUUAUCAACUCCAUUGUUUUAUUUUCUUAAGUUUGUACUUCUAUAGAAAAUAUGAUCAUGAACUUUCUGAUGUAAAUAAUCACAGAGGUGAAAAUUAUUGGGUUACCAAAGCUGUGUUCAUUGUGACUGAACAUUUAAAAGUAGCCUUAAAACUCGUCAAGCUUUAAGGUACCAUGUUCUUUAUGGGGGUCCAGGAGGGCAAUGAAAUUUUCUACCAAAUAAUUUAUUGCUUAAGACAAAAGCAA